ACUAUUUUUGUACGUUUCUUAAAGUUUUCCCCAAACAAGUAGCUAGCGUAAAGUGUGAUAUUUGCGAGCGCUCAGAAAUAUUAAUUAAACGAUUUCAAAGAUGCCGUGUGGCAAAAACUUUAGGCGGAGGCGGGACUCGUCAAAUGACGAGGAAGAGGUUGAAACAACGGAAGAAGUCAGAUCGAAAGUAGAGGAGGCAAAGGAGCUUCAGAGUUUGAGGAAACGACAGAGCGGUGUGAGUGUGACCGCUUUAUUGGUUGGAGAAAAGCUGCCGCCAGAAGUUGAAAUCGAUAAUGAUCCCUUCAAACUGAAGACUGGGGGUGUUGUCGACAUGAAGAAGGUGAAAGAUAGGAAUAGAGACAUGACAGAAGAUGACACAGACCUCAACCUUGGCACGUCAUUCUCGGCUGAGACCAACAGAAGAGAUGAGGAUGCAGACAUGAUGAAAUAUAUUGAAACUGAAUUAAAAAAGAAGAAGGGCAUGGUGGAGGCUGAGGAACAAAAAGUUAAGGUGAAGAAUGCAGAGGACCACCUGUACGAACUGCCUGAAAGCAUUCGAGUCAACUCUGCCAAGAAGACAGAAGAGAUGUUGUCCAAUCAGAUGCUAAGUGGGAUUCCUGAAGUCGAUCUGGGCAUCGAUGCAAAGAUAAAAAAUAUUAUCCAGACAGAGGAGGCAAAAGCCAAACUUCUGGCUGAACAGAGGAACAAGAAAAAAGACCACGGAACAUCAUUUGUUCCCACAAACAUUGCUGUGAAUUAUGUUCAACACAACCGCUUCUAUCACGAGGAUGUAAAUGCACCUCAGAGGCACCACAGACACAGAGAAGAGCCCAAAGCAAGACCACUACGCGUGGGCGACACAGAGAAACCAGGACCAGAAGCCCCUUCACCGCCCAACUACCGCAAACGUCCAAACAACGAAAAGGCCACAGACGACUACCACUACGAGAAGUUCAAGAAAAUGAAUCGAAGAUAUUAAUCUUUAAACGUUAUGUCUUAGUUUUCCUUACUCAAUUUGUCAUCUUUGUAAACAGCUAUAUAGAAUUUUGGGGGAGUUUAAAAAUGGCAGUUACUAUGACAGUGAUGCAACUUGUAAUUGCUGUAUAAAGCUUCCAGUGGUUGUACUCUGCAUUUGCAAUGUAAUGUGUCAUGUUCAGUAAUCUGACUGAUGAUUUAAAU